AAAUAAUAUCAUUGCCAUAAGAGCUAUAUUUAGAAAAAUAACAAAAAAACAUUAAUUAUAUUGAUAAUGUAAUAUCUAUGGUAAGAGUAACAUGUUAAAAAAUCUAUUUAUUGUAAUACUUAUUCGAUUGGAUAAAUCAAUUAAUCAAUGCCAAAAAUUGCAUCAAUCUCAAUCCGAUAAUGUCAAGUAAUUAGGAACGGAGAGAAUAUAGAUAACUAAUGGACGGAAUGACGGUGAAACAGAUUAUUUGCCAUCAGAAUCUGCAUAUGAUAGGGAAAAAUAAAAAUCCAACGCAUUUGAGAAGGUUCCUAACACACGACGUGUGGCCUAAAUUAAUUUCCCCACAAUUUGCAACUUCACCCUCUUCGUUUCCACUCACCGCAGUCGCACUAUUACUCCCUUUCUCUUCCCCACCUCAUAAAUUUUCGGUUACUUCUCCAAUCCCCAGAUAUUAUUUUUCAUUUAUUUUAAUUUUUGCAUCUUCUUCAACCCAAAAACACAAACAAUACCGCCGUUAAACAUGGUACAGAAACCAUCUCGAUUUCUCACCACCACUUCAUUCAACCCUCCCACCCUCAACAAAUACCCCAAACAACACGAAGAAGAAGAAGAAGAAGAAGAAGAAGAAUUCAACGAAUGUGACGUCGUUUGGUCUACCUCAUCCUCGCCGGAGAAAACCACCACCGUUGAAAACCCGGCCAUAACAAUCUCCUCCACUACCGGAAUCUCCGCCGCCUUACUCAUCCCCGAAGAACCCCGAAGUCCAACAUCAAUCCAACGCAAAACGACGACGUCUCCUGUUUCAAUGAUUUCGUCGUCGUUCAGUCGUGGUAAUGGGCCUGGGUUAGCGGGCUACUAUUAUGGGAGGAAGUUUCAUCAGUCGGCCCCUGUUAAUGUCCCGGUUUGGCCCAAUGGGCUUGGGAGUCGUAGGAAGCGGGCUUUUGUUGGGCUGGGCCGGUUUGAUGAAAUGGAUGAUGGUGGUGAUUUGUUGGAUGAUGAUGGUGAAGAGAUGGUGCCGCCUCAUGAGAUUGUUGCUAGGUCGCAUAAUGCGACGUCGUUUUCGGUAAUGGAAGGUGCUGGAAGAACUCUUAAGGGUAGGGAUUUGACUACUGUGCGAAACGCUGUGUUUCAAAAGACUGGCUUUCUCGAUUGAUUUUUUUUUUUUUUUUUUUUUUGUAUAGUGGAGGUGGGAAAAAAUUUUUAAAGUUUUUUUCUCUUCACUAAUUUAGAAUUCAGAUAUUAUGAAUAUUCGGUGGGAAAAUAUUUACUUUAUUUUUAAAAAUAAUUAUUUUAUUACUCAGUAUUUUAAUAAGUGUUACAGUUUGAUCAAACAUGUAUAUCGAGAAAGUAUAUUAUAACGAAUCGGAGGAGGUAUGGUUUUUGUUCUGUUUGGGUUGGGAGAGCUAGGACAUGUGAUGUGAGGGAUCAGGGAUGUAGCUAAUUUUGGAAUUUUAUUUUAGUAAUAUAAACUAUAAAGUCAGAAAAAUAUUCGUAGCAUUAAAUGAAUAGUUAUAAUAUAUAUAAAAAAUUAAUUAUUGGUAAACAAAUUGUUAAUUGUAACCUACUCCCUCCGUCCCCGAAACUUCGACCCUUUUGGGUUGAUUUCGCGAGUAUUAAGAAGUUAAAUUGGAAGUGUAAGAGUGUAUGGGAAAACUAAAAAAAGUACAUUAAAAAGGGAAAUUUAUAUUGAAAUUGCAAAAAA